UUUCCCUUUGUUGGUCACAUGAUCUAAAUAGAACUUCCGGUAAGUCUCUUUCCGGUAGGUUAGUACACAUGAUGGACGUAAAUUUACAUGUCCCAGAUUGAUCGUUCGAAUCUGAAUCAAUCAUACUGUUUCUAAUUCAAAAUGGGACGCCGACCAGCUCGGUGUUACCGGUACUGUAAGAACAAACCAUAUCCGAAGUCCAGAUUUUGUAGAGGUGUCCCAGAUGCAAAGAUCCGUAUUUUUGAUCUUGGGAGGAAGAAGGCCAAGGUAGAUGAUUUCCCUCUAUGUGUGCAUCUCGUGUCUGAUGAGUAUGAACAGCUCUCCUCGGAAGCUUUAGAAGCUGGACGUAUCUGUGCCAACAAGUAUUUGGUCAAGAACUGUGGUAAAGAUGCUUUCCACAUGCGAAUUCGAGUGCAUCCCUUCCAUGUCAUCAGAAUCAACAAGAUGUUGUCGUGUGCCGGAGCUGAUAGGCUUCAGACAGGAAUGAGGGGAGCUUUUGGUAAACCACAAGGCACUGUAGCCCGUGUACACAUCGGACAGCCAAUCAUGUCCGUCCGUGCUCGUGAGAGUCACCAGGCUGCCGUGAUAGAAGCACUCAGGAGAGCCAAGUUCAAGUUCCCAGGACGUCAAAAGAUCCACGUGUCCAAGAAGUGGGGUUUCACUAAGUGGGAGAAGCCACAGUACGAGGUGAUGAGAGCUGAUGGGAUCCUGAUUCCUGAUGGAGUCGGCGUACAAUACAAACCCAACAAGGGGCCCCUGCGUGCAUGGAAGGACAGACAGAGAGUCUAAAACCUAUUUAUUGUGAUCUGGACAAAACGAAUAAACCAUCGUGUGGGCCUUC